AUGUACAGGAAAUUAGUGGUACUCCUCCUUCUGAUCUACCUGGCUGCCGCGGGUCAGAUCCAGGAUGCUGCCGAGGAGAUCGAAGUGCCCCCUGCCCAUCGGGCUGCUCCACCACCGCCUCGCCAGGAAGCUGGAGCUGCUGCUCCCCCACAACCACUGGGGCCACCACCACUUGUCGGCUCUGCACCGCCGCCGAGCUAUCAUUUGUUCUACCCAGCUGCGUGGCUGCCAUUCGGACGCUACAGCACCUCCAUUCCCGUUCACCUAGUGGCUGCCUAG